CUUCUUCCAUAGACGAUCCCCAGUUCCCACCACAAUCCCACCCAAGCCCCAGGGGUCAAUUUCAGUGCUUGUGUUUGCGAAAGAUUACAGUACAUAGAAAACUCGGUGGCUAAAAGCAGAGUUCUUCAGUGAAAUGGGGCUCCGCCGGGUUGCAUUUGCAGUAGUGGUGGUGAUGUGAUGCGAGCCAAGGAGAACUAAGUACUGCUAAAUGUCGUCCGAAUUGAUGGGAAAACCAAAAGUACACUGGACUCCUGAAGUCCAUAGAGUAUUCGUGGAUGCUUGUCUGGAUCAGACUUUGAAGGGUAAUAGACCCUCUACGUGUUUCACCAAGUAUGGAUGGGAGUAUAUAUUACAGGCAUUGAACAGAAUAGAUGGGUUGCAUAUUGACAAAAAGCAGUUGACAAACCACUGGGAUAUCACAAAGGAGCAUUGGAAAACCUGGUGCAAGUUAGUUAACACUAGAAUGAUGAAAUGGAACCCUGAAACUGGUUCGUUCGGGGCAACUGAUGCAGAUUGGAGCUACUAUUUGAGGGUGCACCCUGAAGCUGGAAUAUUUCGGUUCAAACCACUUCAACAUCGGGAAAAGCUGGAAAUCGUCUUUGAUUUUAUGAACCUGGAAGAUGGUAGGGAAACUCUGUCUCUAGAAUGUCCAGAGGAUAUGAAAACCAACCACCUCUUUGAAGAUGCUUCGGAUAGUGGUUUUGCUUUUUACUAUAACGAUGGAAGGGCAACUGCAGCAAGUGAACAGAGCAUGUCUGGCAGUACCUCAGUUAGAUCAAGAAAGCCACACUUCUCCUGGACUUCUUCUGAAGAAUCCCACAGAACUUUCAUUGAUCUGUGUUUGGAGCAAGUUUCGGUUGGUAAUAAACGUGGAUCUCAUUUGUCCAAGGAGGGAUGGAUAAACCUUAUUGAUUCAUUCUACACAAGGACUGGUGUCAUGCUAAACAAGGUCCAGUUCAAGAACCAUUGGGAUUCUGUGAAGAAGCAGUGGAGGAUUUGGUCUAAGCUGGUUGCCACUAGUUACAUGAAAUGGGAUCCAGUUGCCCAGAAAUUUGGUGCUACUGAAAGGGAAUGGAAUAACUACAUCCAUGAAUACCCAGAAGCUGCCCAAUUUCGGCUCAAGGUACUCCAAUUUGCUGACAAAUUAGACCUACUCUUCGAGGGAACAACAGUUGUUGAAGACUACAAUGUUGAACCACUUAGUCAGCGCAGAAGGCUCGACCAUGAUGAUCCAACGAGAAAAUACUGUGAAUCAAGUCCACUUAUAAUGCAGCAAUAUGAUGUAGGUUUUGUGAAAACUCAGACAGCAGAAUCCAGACCAAGUUACAGCAUUGGGGACUGCAUUGAACGUCUCGAUGGGAUGAAAGAGAUAGAGCAAGGGAGUGAACUCUAUUUAUUCGCAUUGGAUAUGUUCAUGAAGAAAGAGUACAGAGAAAUCUUUCUUGAGUUGAAAAACCCUAGUGUUCGGAUUGCGUGGUUGAGGAGGCUGGUGCUACGAGCUCGUUCUUUUCACCAUUAGACUGAAUCUUGUUUAUGUAGCAAACAAUUCCUGCAGUUGAUGAUCUUUCGAUAAAGCAACUAUCGAUCAACUUAUCUAUCUAAUAUAUUAACAGCAUUUCUCGCAUUUACAACAGAAUUUCCAAGCUGGGAGCUACAACAAUUCACAAAUGCAGAUUGGUAACCAGGAUGCUAAUUAAUAGGGAAUCAGUCACUGUGUCAAAGCGGUCUCUUCUGGCAGCUCUGUUGAGAUCCUGAAAUCUUGAAAGUAGUCAUUGUAGUAGUAUACUGGGUUUGGAAGCUUGAAGACACGUGUUCCUGAACCUGAAGGACCUUUAGUCAGAGCAUCCAUCUGGCUGCUGAUAAUUGCUGCAACCCGAAUGCCUCUCGUCUCCAUAAGAACUCUUUGUCUUGAUAUGUAUUCAGUUGUAGAAUGCUCCAUUUCAUCAUCUGGUCUGGAAAAUGAGGGAUGAUCCAUCAUCGGAGGCGCAUGCCAAGUAUCAAAAUCCAAAUUCUAGAAUGAUUUUUUUAGUGUUGAAUUGUUGUUCGAUAGAGAUGAAAACAAAUUCUGUGUCAGCCUACCUCAGAACCAAUGAGGACCAACCUCCAUAUCCUGCAGAAACGAGUUGCUCCUCAGUGCCAUUUCUUUGCUUCUCUGGAUUUCUAGAUACCAAAACUAGCGACCAUCCACUAGCUUGAAGUUUCUUGUACACUCUCAGAAGCAGCACUUGUUGCCGAAACUGUCUGCAAAACAAGGAACAGGCAUAUUGCCAUAGUGAAUGAAAGGUGGUCCAAGAAAAAACUACUUCUUGCUUUCAAGAAAUCAAGGUUUGAGGACAAAUCCCAGGAGAAGGGUUACUUGGAGUUGAAGAUAAUGCUGUUGUCUAUGUCAAUCAACACCACAGCAUCUUGACCAUUAUCAUCAGAAGGUUUGACUCCAUCGAAGUAUCCCUCGACAACCCAGAGACUAGCCGUCAAGUCUCUCUCAUAUUCACCACCUGCGACUGGCUGAUUGUGGUGAUCAACAAUACGAUCCCAGCACAUUGGAGGAUUGGAGCAUUACUGUCAGUAGAAUGAGCAGGCUGAUCAUCAACACUCCUACCGUGACAAGGAGAGCAAUGAACAUUGUUGCAGCGAAUGAUGUCAUGUAGAAUCCCGACUCCAUCACAUAUCGGCUUCUCAUCUCUUCUGGAUCAAAACAGCCCACCAAGAACAACAACCAAAGAAAACACAAGAGCCUCAACCGAUCCGUAUAAUAUAUGCAGAUACAAAAUGCAGAUCAAUUCCAUGCUGCUUUGAAGAAAAGGUGGUUGGUUACCAGAAUCUUCCCCACUGGAGAGGCUGCCAGCAGAGAACUCCCUGUCCAUUUGGUGUGCAUAUGCUGACAUUUUUCUUUAGCUAAGAGGAC